CCCAGAGGCCGCCCACACCCUCUCCUGUCCACCCUGCCUGCCGCCUGCCGGGCCGGGCCGGCUGCCUGCCCGUGAAUGAGCCACAGGACCUCCUCCACCUUCAGAGCGGAGAGAAGCUUCCAUUCCUCCUCCUCGUCCUCGUCCUCGUCCUCCUCUUCAGCCUCCUCCCGUGCCCCGGACCCCCCCAUGGAGAAGGCCUUGAGCAUGUUUUCGGAGGAUUUUGGCAGCUUCAUGCGGCCUCACUCAGAGCCCCUGGCCUUCCCAGCCCGUCCCGGGGGCCCCGGCCACAUCAAGACGCUGGGAGACACCUAUGAGUUCGCUGUGGACGUCAGCGACUUCUCCCCAGAGGACAUCAUCGUCACCACCUCCAACAACCACAUCGAGGUGCGGGCGGAGAAGCUGGCAGCCGAUGGCACAGUCAUGAACACCUUCGCUCACAAGUGCCAGCUGCCGGAUGACGUGGACCCCACCUCGGUGACCUCGGCCCUGAGAGAGGACGGAAGCCUCACCAUCCGCGCCCGGCGCCACCCCCACACGGAGCACGUCCAGCAGACCUUCCGGACGGAAAUCAAAAUCUGAGGGUCCCCCUCAUCUCUCCCUCUCCCCUGCACCUCACCUGUCCCUCCCCCCCUCCCCGCCUUGCCAGAAAAGCUUCCCUGCCCCUCCAGAGCAGCCUCCAAGACAUCUCAGCCCCUCCCCCUCACAGCCCUGCCCCCUCUAGGCCCCAGGUGGGUCACCACCCCCCCAUAAUACAGACAUCUUCGGCUCUGCCCAUGCACCCCGGAGACCACCUGCCUCACCCGGGAACCCCCAGAUCCUAGAGCUGGCUUCUCUCCUUAGUCUAGAAUAGAGAUGGAGGUCGCAGAGGGGAAUUCUGCAGAGUCAGCACCAUGGGCAAGAGGAAUUAGAACAGGGAGGCCUUUGGGCAAGUCAUCCGCCAGAGAGACAGACGUGAUCUGUGGGAUCACUGCAGACUAGGGCAGGCCAGUGGCUUCCCCUGGGCCCGUGGGGGAGGAGGCCUGAGAAAGAUGACAGAUCCCAUGGCACAGGGGGCCGGAGGUGACAGCUUGACGCGUCUCCUGGGCCACGCUCCAAGCCCACCUCCAGCCGGCUGUGUCCGGGCAGGACCACGCUGUGUCUGCACAGAGAUGGGGUUUUUCCAAAUACAGCUGGAUCGUGACAAACUGCAAAACUUCUGUUUGCUCCCUGCUAAGCCCCGGGGGCAAAGGCUGGAGCGAGUCCUGCUCUCCCUGUCCCCAGGCCUGGGGCUCUCGAAACCCGGUCACCCAGUCGGGCAGAAAGGAGCACGCGUGGGGGUGGGGUCCGGGCUGCAUCCAGCUUCUCCCUAAGCUUCCCCCUCGCCUUCCCACCUCCCUUUCCCUCUUUAAAGUAUGAAUCUAUAGACUGCAUGUGUGUGUGCACACGCACGCAUGCCAACACACAACAUACACACAGUACUCACACAUUCACGUACACGCACAUGCACAAUUCUCACACAUCCAUACAUGCACACACACGCCACACACAAGCCACACACACACACACACACACACACACACACACACACACACACUCACUCCUUCAAACAUUCAGUGUUGCUUUCAGCGAAGGCCCAGCUCAGAGCAUCCUAAAGUCAGAUUUCUCAUCUUGAGGGGUGGGGGGCGGGGAGUGGAGUCUCUGAGCAGUGGUCUGCAGCCAGGACAUGAGACGCUGCUCUGGCACAGACAGACCCUCACGGGCAGCAGAGAACAGAGCCUGCCCCACCUCCAGAGCCAGUCCGGGGAGCCCCAAGUGCUCCAUGACCUGUGCUUCCCACUUGCAGGAACAGAAGUGAUGGUUCACGGUGGGGGGGGGGGGGGCUGGGCAGAACCUCUGCCUUCUGCAGG